AAGCAAAUAACAAGGAAAACUAGAAAGAAAACGACUAAGAAAUUUGUACACCAGAAGCGAUAAUACAACAUUCAGUCAUGGCAGCAAUUUCCUCUUACAUGGCUUGUACAAAAUUCUCCAUGUUGGGUUGGAUUGGAGCGAGAAGAGAAGUGAGAAACAGGAGGGCAUUCUCCAUCUCAGCUCAGCAGCAAGCUGAAGUCAAAGAUCAACCAGAAGAAGUGAAGGUACAGCAAGAAAAAGAACAACAGCAGGAGAAAACGAAGCCACAAGGAACACAACCUAGGCCUGUGGAACCACAAGUGAACGUAAAGAGCAAGAAUAUGAGCAGAGAAUAUGGCGGGCAGUGGCUGUGCAGUGUCACAAGGCACGUUAGGAUUCACGCAGCCUACAUUGAUCCUGAAACCUGGGAGUUCGAUCAAACUCAGAUGGACAAGCUUACUCUUCUUCUUGAUCCCUCAAAUGAGUUUCUCUGGACUCCCGAGACUUGCAAUAAGGUUUACUCUUACUUCCAAGAGCUUGUGGAUCACUACGAGGGUGCCCCUCUGACCGAGUACACGCUUCGCCUAAUUGGUUCGGACAUAGAGCACUACAUAAGGAAGCUGCUCUAUGAUGGGGAAAUCAAAUACAACAUGAACGCAAACGUCCUCAACUUCAGCAUGGGGAAGCCACGCAUUCUGUUUAACGAAGGCCAACCUUCAGAUGCACAAUGAUUACAUUUUAAUUAGCAAAAUGGCUGGGGAAAACUUGAGCCAUGCAGUCUCUUACGUUUGUGACAAGAUAUCAUUAAAAAACUAGCAUUCCUCACAACAUCCAUUUUGAAAAUUAUACAAAGCCCAUGAUAAUCUCAGUGUACAACAUAAAUAUAUUGGAAAUCUUUGUUUCAUGUGCCGUCAACAAA